AAUCUACUUUGGGAAGCGAAGAAUGGAAUCCUUGGGAAGGAGAUGAAAAACUUGAGCACCGACACAGAGUUAAAACGAGCCUUCAAAUAUUAAAUAAAUCAACGAAAGAAAAAACAGACCACAAAGUACAAAUCUGGGGCAAGGCUGCCAUUGGUUUAUAUCUCUGGGAGCAUAUUUUUGAAGGCUCACUUGAUCCCCCUGAUGUGACAGCCCAGUGGAGGGAAGGAAGGUCAGCUGUGGGAAGAACACAUUACAGUUUCAUCACCGGCCCGGCGGUGCUCCCCGGGUACUUCUCCGCCGACGUGAGCAGCGUGGUGCUGGUUCUGAACGGGAGGGAGCGCGCCAAGGCCUCGGCCGCCGCCCAGUGGCUGCUGUUCGCGCAGAGCCUGGUGCGGGCGCGCGCGCUGCGCCACGUGGCGGUGCUGUUGCUGGGCAACGAGCGCUGCGACAACGCCUGGCUGGCCCCGUUCCUGCGCAGCCGCGGCGGCUUCGUGGAGCUGCUCUUCGUGACCUACGACAGCCCGUGGGUCAACGACGUGGAUGUGUUCCAGUGGCCCUUAGGAGUAGCGACGUACAGGAACUUUCCCGUGGUGGAGGCGACUUGGUCAAUGGUGUACGAUGCGAGGCCCUACUUGUGCAAUUUCUUAGGAACUGUUUAUAAAAAUUCGUCCAGAGAGGCACUAAUGAACAUUUUGAAACAAGAUGGGAAUGACAAACUUUGUUGGAUUUCAGCAAGAGAACAGUGGCAGCCCCAGGAAACGAACGAGAGCCUCAGGAAUUACCAGGACGCGCUGCUGCGGAGCGACCUCACGCUGUGCCCGGCGGGCGUCAACACGGAGUGCUACCGGAUCUACGAGGCCUGCUCCUCCGGCUCCGUGCCCGUGGUGGAGGACGUGAUGACGGCCGGCGGCUGCGGAAACGCGUCCGUGCACCGCCGCGCCCCCUUGCAGCUCCUCAAGUCCAUGGGCGCCCCCUUCAUCUUCGUUAGGAGCUGGAAGGAGCUUCCUGCCAUUUUAGAAAAAGAGAAAACCAUGAAUUUACAAGAAAAGAUUCAAAGAAGAAAAAUGUUACUUCAGUGGUACCAACGCUUCAAAACAGAACUAAAACUGAAAUUUACUAAUAUUUUAGAGAGCUCAUUUCUAAUGAAUAAUAAAGGUUAGCUUAAUUUUUUUUUUUUUUUUGAGACAGGUUCUCACUAUGUAGUGCAGGCUGACCUUGAACUAUGUAGCCGAGGCUGGCCUCGAACUGAUGACAAUUCUCCUGCCUCAGCCUCGCCAGUGCCCGGAUAAUCUUUUGAGAUAGAUGUGACUUUUAAAAAUCAUUUCUGUACAAGG